UGGAGUGGUGCAGGGCUCCCACCUCGCUGACAGAGAGGAAACGAGCGAACCGACCGCGUCACUCUCGCACUCAUUGACCGCGCGGUCCAUAGCAAUGUUCAUUAUCCCUACGGAUAGUGAGCAGUGAGGACCACUGCUAGGCUAUCUCCAUUGAAGGAACCGGGACAGAGGGAGAGAGAGAGGUGGGACCGCGACUGCAGCAAGAUGCUGAGCGCCGCUCUUCGCCAACUGCUGUUUCUCCCGUCUCCAGGGGCUGACUCCCGGUGAAGAGAACUCUAAAUGGGCGUUUUUACCGUCUCUGUUGAUUCUCAAGGAUCCACGAUUGGAUAUUUUCGAAAUGAAACGAAUGAAAGAUGUGAGCAUCGAGAAGUGUUCUUGUUGUAGUGUGGUAUCUGCAGCCUCCUCCCCCAUAACAGUCAAGUCCACUGAACGCAGUGGUUCAGUGAUUGAGUAUUUAUUUUCAUGAUAAAUACGAAAAAGGAUUUACAUUUUGACAUUAGAACUUCCCAACUUUUCCCGGUGUUUUGUUGUCUGUUUUGCGGUCUCUGUCUGUGAAACAAAGAUCUCAGGACACAUCAACUUCGUGGAAAACAGCGACUUGAGAUCUUCCCCCGACUGAACAACAUUUUACCGCUGUUUCACCCCCUCUCUCGCCCUCUUCAAGCAUCUCCUAAGGUUACGCUGGAAGUCGCCACCCAUGUGGCCCUCGAGAGUGGGGAGCAGGCAGCCCUGUCCCCGGGAAUCUGCACUCCGCAGGGCGGCAAUCAGUGGCAACGUCCUCGCCCUGCCGCCGCACCACGUCCCCACGGGCAGGAGUGUCCGCGUCUUCAUCUGCGCCAACCCUGACGACACAGAAGCGGAGAGGAACGCGCUGAAAGAGCAUGUCUACCCCAAACUACGGGAUUUCUGCAGAGAGAAUUAUGGGAUUGAGUUCCAGGUGGUGGACCUGUACUGGGGGAUGGACCCAGAGGAGUGGGACAGUCCGGACCUGCAGCGUCUCAGGAUGAAGCUACUAGAGGACUGCCUCCAGACGUCCGCAGGCCCAUGUUUUGUUGGGCUGGUGGGGGAGAAGUACGGCAGUAUCCGCGUGCCAGGGGAGGUGGAGGCUCCAGAGUUUGAGAUGAUCCUGGAUGCGGCGGUGGAAGCGGGGCUAGACACACACGUCCUGGAGGAGUGGUACUGCCGAGAUGAGAACGCCGUGCCGCCAGCCUACUACCUCAAAGCCAAAGCCCAGAUGUUGAAGAACUACCAAAACUCUAUGGAAUCGAGCAGUGCAGCCAAGACGAAGAACGACAAGGCGUGGAGGAACGUGUCUGAGGAGAUCAAGAGGAUCUUCCGUAGGUCUGUCCUGCAGCUUCAGGAGAAGGGCACCAUGAAGCCUCCUCAAGCCAAGAAAUUUCUCUGCUCUGCCUUGGAGGACGAACUGGACUUCGCCUUGGGCAAACAAACGCCUGCCUUCCUCAAGAAGUGUGUCUGCUACAUCCGCAAGAUCUCCAACUUCGACCGGCACGCCAAGCUCCCAGAGAUGGCCAAGUACAUGGACAUCGUCGUCUCAGAGGACCGCGUAAUGCGUAACCAGGAAGCCUACGAACGUCUUUUAAAGGUGCGGGACGAGUUUAUCCCCACCGUGGUGGCCUCAUCCAACCUCCGCGUCUACUCCUCUGUGACGCACUGCGACAUGAAGCUGGGCUACUCCCAGGAGGUGGAGAGCCACUACGUCGAAGGCUUGUGUAAACAGUUCUACGAGGAUAUGGUGGACAUCAUUCAGGCCACGGUCCAGCAGAACUUUGACACAGAGACGGACCCUCUGUACGACGAGAUCCUUCAGCACCUGUCCCUGUGUAAGAACUUCUCGGCCUUCUACGAUUAUAAGAGCGAGACCCUGGACCUGGUGCAGGAGUAUCUGCUGCCGUCUAAGGGGAGCAGGAUGAGCCCCCUGGUGGUCUACGGUGGGCCGUGCACGGGGAAAACACUACUGCUAGCCGAGGUGGCCAAACAGGCCUACACGUGGCUCCAGACGGAGAUGGGUCCCGAGACAGACCCGGUGGUCAUCGUCCGCUUUGUGGGCUCCUCAGAGUUCGCCACAAACCUGCGCACCCUCCUCCAGAGCAUCUGUGAGCAGAUAGCCCUCAACUACCGUUGCCUGAUCCACUUCCUGCCCAACAAGAUCCAGGAGAUGAUGGAGCUGCUGGUCAACCUCCUUGGGGAGUCCUCCUUCCACCGGCCCCUGGUCAUCAUCCUGGAUGCCCUGGAGCAACUCUCAGAGGCUGACGAGGCCCGCAAGCUGUGGUGGCUCCCCGUCCACCUGCCUCGCACUGUCCGCAUCGUGGUCUCAACAUUACCCAACAAGCACGGAAUCCUCCAGAAGCUCCGCUGUUUGAUCCAUGAUGAAGGACGCUAUGUACAGCUGGUGCAGCGGGACCGUAAAACCUGUAGUCAGACGCUGAAGCAGCAGCUGCUGGGGGUGAAGAGGAAGGUGACCUCGGGACAGCAGAUCUAUGUCAACGAAGCGCUGGCCAAGUGCACGCUACCAAUGUUCGUCAAUCUCAUCUACCGGGAGGUGGUGCACUGGCGCUCGCACAAGGACGUGGACGACCGCUCGCUGUGCUCCACCGUGCACGAGAGCAUCGAGCAGCUCUUCUACUCUGUGGAGAACAAGCUGGGGCAGCGGUUCGUGUUCAGGGCGCUGGGAUACAUCACUAUGGCCAAGGCGGGGUUAACGGAGGUGGAGCUGGAGGAUAUUCUGUCACUGGAUAACAGCGUGCUGGGAGAUAUCAUGGUCAGUUCGAAUCUAAAAAACCCGCUGAGGAUCUCCUAUGACCUAGUGGCGAGGCUGAAAGAGGAACUGGAGGGGUACCUGGUGGAGAGGCAGGUGAGAAAUGUUACCCUGAUGGUGUGGGCCAAUAGACACCUGCACCUCAUCGCCCAGAAGCUGUAUCUUAGCAAUGAGGAGGACGUGCACCAGAUGCACAGCCUCCUGGCCGAGUACUUCCUAGGGGCGUGGUCGGGCGGCAGGAAAAAGAUCUUCCACUGCGACAACAACCACUUUGCCUCACUCAACAUCUCCCAACACAAGAACCCCCACCCCCAGCAGCCGUCCCACAAAGAAGCAUCCGCCGAGAAGUACUCCUAUGAUAGGCAGACACCCGAGCAGCCCUGGGUGUUCCAGUGCAACCUCCUGGAGCCCGACAUCUUCUUCGUCAACCACAGGAAGAUGACAGAGCUCCUCUACCACCUGACUCGGAGUGGCCGCACGGACGACCUCAUGUACGGGGUCAUCAUGAACUUCAGUUGGCUCUACACCAUGAUCAAGAUAGGGCAGUUUGAAAAGGCGCUGACUGACAUCGACCUAGCCUACAGCUACUCCCAGGAGAAAGAGCUCAAGUUCUUGGCCACCACGCUGCGCAGCAUCAAGGUCAAAGUGAUGAAUAACCCAGCGUCCCUGUCUGCAGAGCUGCAGCAGAGGCUCCUCCCCGUGGUCACCUCCCUACCCAAGCUCCGACACCUCCUCCUGGAGUGCGACAAGGACGGCCCCAAGUACUGCUCCAUCGUGCCCCUCCACUCCUCCAUGGACGUCACCUACAGCCCUGAAAGGCUGCCCCUGUGCUCCAGCUACAUGCAGAUCGUGGAGAUCCUGCCCACCCUGGCCCCCAACAUCGUCCUUGUGGCCCUGGACGAUGGGUCCGUCAGCACAUGGGACGUGGAGAGCAGGCAGCUCCUCCGGCAGAUAGACACGGCCCGCUCGGUUGUCCUGGGGAUCAGACUAACCAGCGACGAGAAGUACCUGGUCGUUGCAACCACCAAGAACACGCUGCUCAUUUAUGACAACCAUAAGUCCUGCCUGCUGUCCGAAGUGGACAUCAAGGGCUCCAAGCACUGUGGUAUCACAGGAGGGGUGGCCUUCAUCAACGGAUUCACGCUGGCCAGCCAUCAUGCCUUGGCCUGGCUAGAGGCCAGUAAAGACGUCAAUGUGAUCGAUCUGCUCUACGGCUGGCCCCUCUACCAGUUCCACUGCUGGUACGAGGUCACCUGCGUCCAAUGCUCCCCUGAUGGAAUGUAUGCCUUCUGUGGUCAGUACCUCAACACCACGUCCAUCUUCCAUCUGGGCACCGGGGACAAGCUAGCCACGGUCACAUCUGAGUUUUCCGGGGGAUUUGUCAAGUCCAUCUUAGUCCUGGACACCAUUCACCAGAUGGUGAUGAUCGAUAAUGAGGGGAGCCUGUCGGUGUGGAACACCAAAGAGAUCACCAACCCCAAACUGAUGGAAGAUUAUGACUGCCGGGGGGACGAGAGUGAGGUGGUGGGCAUCGAGCUGUCAGAAGACCAGCGCUCCAUCCUCAUCUGCAAAGACAAGAGCAUCGAGGUCCUGGACACCAAGUUGUGGAAGAUGGCAGAGAAGUUCAAGGCCAAGCGUGCCGAGCGUUUCGUGGCUGCAGUCCUCUCCAAAAAUGGCCAAAGUAUCGUGGCCUCCAUGGAGAACACGUCGUCCAUAUUUGUGUGGAGGAGGGACAGCGGGCAGUGCAUGGCCAGCCUGAUUGAGAUCUCUGGGGCCAUCAUUAAACUCAUAAAGUCCACCCACCACAACCUGCUCCUGUCUGUGGCCAGCAGUGGAGUGCUAUCAGUCUGGGACAUUGACAUCAUCACCGCCAUGUCCAACAUCGACAAAACAGGCAAGAGGAUCCAGAGUUUACAGCUCUCUGGAAGGGAAGACUUUGUGUUCACCAUGGACGGCUCCGAAGCCAUCCACAAGUGGAACUUCAGCACGGGCUUCAUCGAGACCAUCUUCAAGCACGAGGGCUUGGUGGAGAACUGUGUCCUGACCUCCUCCGGGGAUCUCAUGGUGACGUCAGAUGACAAGUGCAGCCAGUACAUCUGGCACACGGCCACUGGCGAAAACAUCUUCCGCAUCAACGGACAGAAGAUAUCCCAGCUCCUGAUGACCCACAACGACCAGUUUGUGGUGUCCCUCUGUGAACAAAACUGCUCCCGAGUCUGGAGGCUGGCCACCGGACACAAAGUGUGCAACAUACUGGUGACCCUCCAGAAUGCACUGAUCACCACCGCAAACACCUUCCUGGUGGGAACUACUAAAAACAAGCUGCUCGCCGUCAGCCUCUGGUCAGGCAGUAUUUCCAAGAAGUUUGUCUGUGACGACGGCAUUAGCAUUGUCAACUUCAAGCUCAUUCCCGACUGCCCUGACUUUGUGGUCUUCAUUACGUCUACAGAGACUGUGUUUAUAUGGAGCGUGGCGGACGAGUCAGUCUGCAGACGCGUCCAGCUGCCUACCAACUUCCUGAAAAACCUGGAGGACUUCCAGAUUUCACCCAAUGGGAAACUGGGCAUUGUCUCUAAGGGCGACGAGAACAUUAACGUGUUGGACCUUCACAGCGGGAAGCUGAGGCUCGUUCACGCCGCCGGUAUCAUCUGGCGGCAGAAGCUGUCCAGGGAUGGGCGCUACCUGGUAUACAUCUGCUUCCGGAACUGCGAUGAGGAUGACGAGGCGGGCGUGGUGUCCAACCUGAUCGUGAUGCGUCUGGCGGACGGGAAGAGCAUCGGGACAUGCUCCCUCUACAAGACGCCCACCUUCCUCUGCCUGUCCCAGCGGGCGCUCAACAUCAUCAUCGGCUUCGAGGACGGCAGCAUCAGCACCUACACAGUGGUGGACCGCGUGGACGCCGCACUCAAAAUCAAGAUUGCCACGUCCAACAGCCGGCAGAUCGUCAACAACGCCUCGCAGAAGGUAAGGCCCAAGUGCGGCAACCACACCUUCAAGACCAUCGCCGACUGCGUGUGGAGGGAGUCCACCGAGGUCUUCUCCAGGGAUAGCCCCAUCAAUGUGUCUGACUCAGGGGAGCCAGAGACCACCACUCCCACCAAAAAGAGUGAACUGUUGCAGUGAAGGGGGGUGGGGUUGCAGUUGACCCUUGUUUACAGCCACCUGAUUCAGCUGCAGAUGUCCUCUGUGUAGUCUACUAUAUGCUACUAUAACGCUGCACUCAAGUCAUGUAUUACCUAUAAGGUAUUAGUUUAGUUUUUUUCUUCACAUGAUGACUGGUUAGAAUAUUUUUUUAAAUAUAUGAUAUAAAAUAUAUUUAAUCUAUUGGUUUGCCAUUAUGUUUCCUUUUGCAUUUGAAGAACAAAGUUGUUAUUUAGAUUUCUCUGUUUUAGAUUUCCAAAGCUAUCCCAGUUAGCUUGACCAAUUUACCUUAGACAUGUUACUUUCUUUGCAUUGUGCACAUUAAGCCAUAAUGUCGUUCUUAAUAAAUGUGUAUUUAUUUAUGUUGAAUUAAAUCGUAGGUACUGAACAUUAAACUAUAUGUGUACAUAUCUCUUUUGGCUGCUGCAAUUUGUGCAACUCCUUAAAAAAAUGUUAUGUUGUGCUUAAUGCAAUCAAAGUGAGUGCCUGGAUUUUGAAAUGUAUUUUAUUGUCGUAUAGACUACUGAGAAUUACGAAGAUGCAGGCAAUUCGUAGACACAGUAUAUACAGAGAUACAUAUACUAAUUUAGCAUACAUAAUCAAUUUGAUUGAUUUAAAUUAUCAAAGAAGAAAGAUUAUUGAGGAUUAAGGUACUUUAGUGGCAGUGUUGAGUUUGAGAUUAUAAAUCCAUGUGUUCGCCAUAUUAACAGUUGGUCCAACUUUACCUACAGUUUCCGGUUCAUGAGUUUCUCAGUAUAGGGUAGCAUAGUGUAGCAUCUCACUGUACGCAUCCACGCCUUAAACAGUCUUCUAUUUUACAGCUUUUACAUUCAGUGGAGUUAUGUUUAUUGUCUUAACAUUCAGAGAGAGAGGUAAAAAGAUAAGUGUUAUUAGGCGAAAGUGGUGAAAGUACUGAAAUGUGUUAGAAUAUCAACGUUUUGUGAGCGUCAGGUCAGUAUUGAAGGAUAUUCGGGAACGAUGUUCAUAAAAUAUUCUGAUUUUUUGUGUUAUUUAUUAGUCAUAUUGAUAAUCGUUUGUGUGUCUUUGCUCUUUAAACAGGUGUUGGUUUUUGCCUUUGGUUAACACAGUCACAGGGAUUCAGAGUUGAAAUUAAAGGAUAUCAUCAGUCGUUACUAGCGUUUUGGUUUUCUAUAAACCUUUUAAGGGCUAUUCUGUCUAAUUGUAUGUAUACUUCUUUUCAACAGUUGAGACGUUGGCCCACUUAAGAACUUAGCAGUAUUAAGCUUGAACAUAUUUCAGUAUUAUAUAUUUCAAAGCAAACAUUCUAAAUCUAGAAAUAUCAUACAGUGUAUUUGCCAAAGUCUUAGUUUGAUGUUCUGUUCCGUUAACAAUGGUCCAUUUGUUUUAAGGCUUGUACUUACUUACAUCAUGACCAAAUUGUUUGAGUGUGUUACUUGAUUAUGUUGAACCAUGAUAGAGUAAAUGUACUAUCUUUGCUAAGACAUUGAGUCCACUUGAUAUAUUGGAAUGCCAGUUUAAAGAGUAUAUUUGAAUGUGUCCAUAUGGAAGCCAGUAUACGGUAUUAUUGUAUGUUAUGUAACUUGAAUGACUUUUAAUAAUGUAACAUGUUUGAAACAAAUAGUUGACAUACUGGUAAUGAAUGUUUCUACGUUAUUCUUUGUAUGGUCAGGACUGACCUGUUUAGAGAUAUUUAUAUUUUCAUAAAUGUUGUACCUACAUUUUGUUACAGAGUUGUUUAACUGGAAUUAUUCUAACAGAAAAAAAAGAAACUUAUGUCUGAAGCAAUAUGAAAUAGUGUGUAUGCAAUGUUUGUAUGGAACAUUUUAAUGUAAUAAAAUUGUUCACUUUU